UAAAAAUGUAAGUAUUGUGGAUAACAUGGAUGAGAUGCAGUUGUACAUAUUUUUGCAUCCCUGGAUGAUAAUGUUUGACCAAAAUGUGAGAAAACGAAUGCAAAAAAUGCAGUUUGAAGUACUAACGAGGUGCGAAUAGAUCAGUGGAUAUACAUUUUAUCAAACUGACUCAUUAAACAGGAAUCGUUGUGCAAACAAAUUUUUUAAAUAAAUGUGACAAUUUUAACAGUUUUUUAUACAAAAUGGGGGGACGAGUGAUAAAAGUGUAUCUCUUUAUAGAGGUACUAGUUUGUUUCAUAUGGGUGAAGGUUGGAUCUCACCCACAGCCAAUGACGCUGUUUUAUCAGAAUCAGAAUCAACAUGACGAAGGCGUCAUCAUGUCCCCUGAAUCAAUGGCCCCAGCACAAGAUAGGAUGGACACAUUUGAGGAGGAAUCGUCCCCACCAAUUUCCACAUUCACGUUCCCCGUCCCACCCCCACAAUUCAUGCCCCUAUUCAGACCAAUAUCUGCCCCACAACAAUCUAACGGUCAGCUACCUCCAGCAGAGACAAAACGCACGUCGAGAACCGCAAAUCUGCAAGAUUUUGGAGGAGAAACUCAUUGGAUGUUUAGCGGAAAUAAUAAUAAUCCCCCCGAAAUUCCAGGAAUGAUUACCCUCACACCGCCCUUUAUCAUACCUGAAUAUGCGUCUUUGCCCAUGAAUUUGGCCGCCCAACCACAAACACCACCUCCUCCACAGCUUCAACCACAAUUCCAAUUUCAGUCUCAACAGCAACCGCUAUCAUUUCAAUUCCCAAUAAUCAGUCAGCAAAAUUAUCAGCACUUUCCACAACCUCCUCCACCUCAAUUUACUUGGCAGGCGGAACCUCUCUCGCCGGAAAUGGAGGCCGCGAUAAUGCAACAAAUCCAGCAGCAGUAUAUUUCAUCACCAGUUAUGCAACCCGCUUAUCAAAUCGCACCCCCAGGAAUAACAACGACCCCGUUGACCCAACCACCAGUGACAUCACCUCCACAGAUUGAAGAUUAUGCCGGAUCAAAGACAAGCCCAGCAACUCCGGUACUAACCACCACGACGCAACUCCCCCUCGUCCAACAAAAACCGGAAGUAAUCUCCACGACCACACCCGUUCCUGCUUCCACCACCACCACAACCACCACUCCCCCUCCCACCACGACCCCCACCACCACUACGACGACCACUCCCACUACCACCACCACCAAAAUUAAUUAUGGUCUUUACUCUGAUUCCUCGUACGGAUCUGAGUACGCGUCAUCAUACAAAAAUUACAGCAGAGAUGUCAUCGCGAUUGAGAAGUUUGACCAUGUCAUUAACAAGGAUGGUUAUAGUGUGGAGUUCAAAUCUGAGAAUGGGAUCGAUUCCAAGGAAGAAGGUCACUUAAAAGUGGUGCCACUACACGAUGACACUAAGGACAAAAAAGAAGGACCAACAAUGGGUGUGGUCCAUGUCAAGUCGGGCCAAGUGACGUGGACCAGCCCGGAGUGUAUCACGUUCACAUUGAGAUAUUCUGCCGACGAGAGAGGAUAUCGCCCCAAAAUUGACGAAACGCCUUCCUCCUCGGUUGCUUGUCUCAAAUACGGCAAAAAUUUUGGUGCCGUAAUGAACGCAAAUUCUUUACCCUACAGUGAUAACAAGCAGCCCAAGUAGUGAACUCACAUACAAAUUACAAUAUAUUUUUAUGGAUUACAAAGAGGAAACAUUAAGUCCCGUUAAAUUCACUUUCAUUUUGUUGAAAAUAUCUCAAAACUGGGAACCGGAUCUUACUCUUCUUCACUUAUGCAUGUGCGUUAAGUUAACCUAAUUUCCUCCCACCGUAUAAAAGGGUUACACACACCUGGAGUUGGCACUAAUUGUAAGUCGACUCUUGACAUCACAUCUCAACUGCUCUCGUGGGGUUCAAUUACAGGGUUAAAACAAAAGAAAAUUAUGAGUCGGGUGCAGAAGUUCCUGGUGGGAUUUGCCUCACUGGUGGUCGUGGUCUCCGCCGCGGUCGAAGUCGUCCCUGCCCCACCCCCAUUUUACAGCUAUGGCGAAGUUAAACGGGUAUCCCCGAUUUUUCCUGGCAGGGUGACCCGCUCAACGGCAGGACAAAGUCGUCAGAGCUAUUCGUACAGUCCCGUGGGGUCAAGUCAAGUUCAAAGCUAUGCACCUACCCAAACUUACGCACCCGCCCAAACUUACGUUCCUGCCAUGCCGACUUAUGCCCAGGCGGUACCAGCCCAAAGUUACACCCCAUCCGGACCUUAUCAACAAACCCAACCCAGUUACGCGCAUCACCAAUCGUACGCAGUUCCCAACCAGCUCUAUCAAUCUCGUCCCGUGACCUAUAUCCCACCAGAGAUCACGUUUCAUCCCCCAAAGAUUAUCGUCACGAAGUCCGGCAUAACCUACACGGCUCCUGUGGGGUCGUACUCACCCCCAAAUUAUGUGAUGGCACAGCAGUACCAACAGCAGCAGCAGACGUAUUCAUCCCCCGUUGCACAGUACUCUUCCCCAGUGCAGAGUAGUAGCAGUUAUACCCCCAGCAGUAGCAAUUAUGCCCCCACCACCCCCACUCAAUAUCAACCAGCAGCAGCGCCCAGCUACCAAGCACAAGCUUCAGAUUCGAUCUACAAGGUAACUGCUCCAGUGUCUUCGAAAUCUGUGACGUCGUCAACUUCUUCCUCUUCUUCUUCAUCGGCUGAGAAGGAUGCUGACUGUUAAAUCGGGUUGAUUACUUAAUUAAAUGAAAUAAUGUACAAAUGAACGGAUUAAUUCUUAUUAAAAUUCGGUAUUUAUUAAAAUAAAGUGAGAAAUAGAGA